CAGCUAGAGAGCUCGAGGGAGACGAUAGAGUGGGAGCGAUAGAGUGCUAGAUAAUGGAGGUGCAGUCGGAGUGUGUGGAGCCUCCUGUGGCCCCUCAGUGUGACCCCCAGCCUACAGGGAAGAUCAACAAAGCUGCCUUCAAACUCUUUGGAAAGCGACGCACUGGCUCUGGGAUGGCCAGCUUCUUCUCCUUCAGGAACAAAGGGGCUACCAACAGCGGAAACAACGGGAAUUCUGACAAUGGGAAUUCUUUGAAUGGGAACAGCUCAGCAGCAUCGGUGGAGCUUGUAAGGAGCAAAACCCACGAUGGACUAACGAGCACUAACAACGAUGCUGAUGGACAGAGAGGGGAGGGGCUUGCCACACUGGAGGCGGGGCCGGUGAGGUCUCUCAGCAAAUCGCUGAGUUUCUUCUCUCUUCUCCGACGUGGGAGUUUUAGGUCAAGUGAAAAUGGAGGGGCGGGGCUUGUCAGAAGAGGGAGGGGCCUCAAGGGCUUUUUUAGCAGCAUGCGAUGGAGACGUAAAGAAAAAACUAACGAGGGAGAUGGGGAAGAGGUGGAAGCUAAGAAGGAGAAGGAUGGAGAGGUUGCUGACUCUGAAAAGGUAAAAGAUAUUACUCUCACCCUUGAGCCACCUCCGCAUCAUCACCAGGAGGACUGUGGGAAUGCAGAAGCAGGACAUAACCUCCGAGCAGCAGAGACUCCCACUACUAGUGUUACCAUGACACCCCCUCACUGUGUUGCCAUGCCAGGGCCAUCUGGAGAGCCAGACUCCCCGUUUCCUUACACACCUACUGACUCACCACUGCGCCCUUCCAUCCAAAAAGCCAAAGCCUCAAUCUCCAGCCUCACCCCCUCCCUUGCUACACCCCCUUUGGAUCGCUGCAGCACAGGCGACCCACCCUCGGAGCCAUCAGUGGACCGACUCUGCUCUCUCCUCUUCACUGACGUCACAUCCCUCAAGAGCUUCGAUUCUCUGACGGGCUGCGGUGACAUUAUUGCUGAUGCAGACGAGGAGGGGCCAGUGGGUAAUGGGGGCAGUGGCACCAGCAGCAGCAGCAGUGGGGGAGGAGGGGGGAGUGUGGGAGCCAGUACUGGGAGAGCAGUUGGUAUCUCCAGCGCCGCAUCUCGCAGCUCCCCAUCUAAACCCUCUGUACCUUCCCAGUUGACCCAGCCCAUGUUCUCUGUCUCCGCAAGCUCAGUGUCUGCCUCCCUCCCGGCCCGCACCCGGGCACCUCCUCCACCGCAGCAGCACCCAGCCGGCAGUGGUGUGGUGGCCUACAUGGGUGGAGGGGAAGAAAUGGCAAGCCCAGAAGGUGUGGAUGACGCUGACAUGCAGGGUCUCUGGCACAUGCUGCCUUCUACGGGAGACAACUCCCCGGCAUUGCCCCGAUCACAUCAACCUUCAUCCACUACCCCUACUUCCACUUAUCCCCCUCGCACCAACCCUGCCAGCAGCCACCUUCCCUCAGCCUCCCGGAGCGCAGACAGAAAGGUACCCCAGGUGAAGGCAUUAGGACUGAGUAAGAUUCCAAUAGUUGGUGGGGCAGUAAGCAGGGCAGCUAAACCCCCUCUCCCUCACACGCAUGGCCGUCAUCCUACAUCACCUGGUGAAAAAGAACCCCUUAGUGAUGAGGGCUACUGGGAUACACCCUCAGCAACUCCUACCGCAACACCUGAUGAAAGUGGGCUGCAGCGGGACCAAAAGAUGGCCCUAUCACGUGACAGUUGCUCUGGAGACCACCUGUAUGACCUUUACAAUGAUCCUGAGGAGGAAGGAGAGGAUCAGGAGGGAGAUGAGGAUCUAAACAGUACUCCCUCUCCAUCUACUGAAUACAAAAUGAGCCCAACCUCCCAAACAACUCCCCCUUCCUCCUCCUCUUCUUCCUCCUUCCGAUCAAUGAAAGGCAGCACCAGCCUUCCCCGAGAAUCCAAGAUCCCGGUAAGCAACAAACAACAAACAUCACCUCCUCACUCCAUAAGCCAGUCAGCCCUGUCAUCUGUUCUAGAGGCUGAAUCCCCCGCACCAAAGACCCAAGCGCCUCCCCCGGUUCGCACCAGAAUCCCUGUAUCCAAGGUACCUGUCCGUCGCUCUGGAAACAAACCUGGCAGCACAACCAGAGGAGCCUCCCACAAGAAGUAGUGUCUGUCAAAUGACUGCUUCUCUCUUGCUAACUUUUGGACUUAGGUGCACAUUACUACAGUGCUGUUUAUGCAAAGCCAAAAGUUUUCCCACACCGAGAAAUAUGUUGAGCUGCAGAGUUAACAGCCUAUAAAUUCCUUUCAAAUCUUAAAAGCUCUCAUUCCUUAGGUUUUUUUGGCUUAUGACGGACUACACUAGAAUAAGGGGUUUUGUUCACUUGAGAAAGUCACAAGGAGACUCCAAAAAGCUGGGUUAACAUUUCACAGUCCUCACUGGAACCUUUGAAGUUGACUAUUGACAAUCCAUGGACUCGCAAAAGACACACUGGCCUUGUAAGUUCUUGGAAAAGUUCCUGACCUGCUGACAGAAAGCCACUUUGACUGGAAAAAAAAAAAAGCAGAGCAUCUUUUUAUCUUUUACAUUUUUCUUAUGGAAUUCUGCUUGGCAUAACUCAAUUUGCUGGACCUAAUCUAAUCAAAGUUUAUUACUGUUAUUAUUAUUAUUAUUAUUUUGUCAUUUUGUCUAAUCUGUAACAAAUUACCUCCUAACCCUCUGAUUUUAGAGCCAAAGUUUUAAAGAAAAACACACCUUGAUUUUACAGCAUCUAAUAGUCUGAAACAGACUCAAUGAUAUUCACAGCCUUUAAUAACCUACCAUUUUUUUUUGUUUGGCUGUUGUACGUAUUAGUCACUUUUUGAAGAUGGUCUUCUUCUGACCGCACACUGAUUAUAAAACUGGAUGGGCAAACAUACAAAUGGACACUGAGAUCUGAACCACUUUUUUUGCAGCUCCCACGCUGUCCUGCAGAAGGCCACAUAAUAUCUCAUGUUUCUGGAUGGGGACACAUCCUCUUUUUUGACUGGUUAUCUUUUUAUUGUCGAUGGACUAAGUUUGGCUUCUUGCAUUUGGAUUUCACUUAUACCCUACUGCAUCACAGGAAGUACAUUCAUAGGACGUCAGUCUCUGGGAUUACAAGUGUUUUUUCAUUACUGAUGGAAACCUGCAAAACUAUCGCAAUACUUUACCUGGAGGGACUCUUUGCACUGAUGCUUCAUUACUCACAGACGCAAACACACGCAUACGAAAUCAUACAUGCAAACACACAGUCCCUCUUGCUCUCUGCAUGCAGUGCCACACAUCUGAGGCACAAAGGUCAGGGAACAUCAUCUAAUGCUGAAGGAUCUUAUAUCCGCACACUGUUCAACCUUUGGCACUGUCUUUGUAGCUACACUGGAUAACUUUCCUCUCUAAGGACACAUGCACAAACACGUUUUUUUCUAGUUAGUACUUUUUUCUUCACUGGAUUUCAUACUGUUUUUAUAGGCUUCUCUUUCAAAAAUCGUUCUGCACAGAUCUUAAACUGUGAUUGCAC